AACUCUAUAUUCAAAUUUCAUCUCUCUUCUGAUUUCCCCAUCACUUUUAUUUCCUAAGAUCUCCUUAGGAAUAAAGAGUUAAAGGAAACAACAACAAUGGAGAAUAAUAAGAACAUAAUUUCUUCAAAACCCAUGAAGAACAAGAUCAAGAAAAUUCCUCAAAUCUUCAAACAUUGUUCAAUCCUUCUCUCAAUCUUCUCCAUUUUCAUCUCAACCAGUCAAGCUUUCAACUAUUCCGAUGCACUCUCAAAAUCCCUUCUUUAUUUCGAAGCUCAAAGAUCCGGCCGAUUACCUUAUAACCAGAGAGUAACUUGGCGUGACAAUUCCGGCGUCACCGACGGCCUUCAAGAAGGGGUUGAUUUGGUUGGAGGUUAUUAUGACGCCGGCGAUCAUGUGAAAUUUGGACUUCCGAUGGCUUUUACAGUUACAAUGUUGUCGUGGGGAGUGAUUGAGUACGGCGAUCAGAUAGCUGCCGCCGGUGAAUUGGAACAUGCGAUGGAGUCGAUCAAAUGGGGAACUGAUUACUUCAUUAAGGCACAUACAAACCCUAAUGUGCUUUGGGCAGAGGUUGGUGAUGGAGACACAGAUCAUUACUGUUGGCAAAGACCGGAGGAUAUGACAACUUCACGGAGGGCAUACAAAGUGGAUGAGGAAAAUCCAGGAUCCGACAUCGCCGGAGAGACGGCAGCAGCGAUGGCCGCCGCCUCGAUAGCUUUUAGGACAUUGAAUCCUCAUUAUUCUCAUCUACUACUACACCAUGCCCAACAGUUGUUUGAGUUUGGGGACAAGUAUCGAGGGAAAUACGAUGGAAGUAUCGGAGUGGUGAAGAGCUAUUACGCGUCGGUUAGUGGUUACAUGGACGAGCUUUUGUGGGCGGCUUUGUGGCUUUAUAAGGCAACCGGAAAUCAAAUGUAUUUGGAAUAUCUUAUUAACCAGGCUCAUUCUUUUGGUGGAACCGGUUGGGCGGUUUCCGAGUUUAGUUGGGAUGUUAAAUACGCCGGAAUCCAAGUUCUCGCGACCAAGUUACUCAUGGAGGAGGAUCAUAAAAAGCAGCACCAAGAAAUUCUCGAACAAUACCGAGCGAAAGCUCAGUACUAUCUUUGUUCAUGUAUGAACAAAAAUAAUGGAAAUGAUAGCAAUGUGUAUCGAACCUUAGGCGGGAUGUUAUUCGUACGAGAAUGGAACAACAUGCAAUACGUCUCCACUGCGUCAUUCCUCCUCACAGUGUAUUCAGAUCUCCUCCAAGAUACAAACCAAAAGCUCGAGUGCCCUAAAGGGUCUAUCGACCCUGAAGAGCUCACGAGCUUUGCCAAAGCCCAAGUUGAUUACAUAUUGGGCUCAAAUCCGAUGAAUACAAGUUAUUUAGUGGGCUUUGGGCCUAAAUACCCCGCUAAAGUUCACCAUCGAGGCGCAUCGAUUGUGUCUUAUAAGGAGAACAAAGGGUUCAUCGGGUGCACUCAAGGCUAUGACAAUUGGUAUGGUAGAGAUGAUGCGAACCCGAAUGUGGUUAUCGGGGCGUUAGUGGGCGGGCCAGACCGUGAAGAUGAUUUUAGGGACCAUAGAGGAAAUUACAUGCAAACCGAGGCGUGCACUUAUAAUGCGGCCCCAUUGGUAGGUGUUUUUGCGAGGUUGAAACAAUUGGAGGAUAAUAGUAAGGAUUUAAUAGCUUCUUUUUAAAUCCUAUCAUACAUAUUUUCAUUUGCUAAAUUGUUUUUUUUUUUCUCUCUUUUAUAUAUAUAUAUAUAGUUUUGUUUGUUUGUUUUGGGUUUGGGCUUUUUCUAAGGAAAAAUGUAGCAAAAUAGUCCAAGUAUGGUUUUUUGUUUUCUUAUUGGGCCUACUUAUAUAUGCUAUGCCCAACCCAAUUCAUACCCUGAUAAAUUUGUUGAUAUGAAUAGAAUGAGCCUAUUUGAAAU